CACUUGUUUUCUUAUGUGCUUUUUGUGGUAAUUCAAUCUUUAUAUAUUUUAUAAAAUCAAUAUUCAAAUAGACUAAUAUUAUGAUAGCUAAAGUUUGUUGUCGCAACCAUUGCCAUGCCGAUAUCGAAGGAGGAAUAACGUUUUACCUCUGCUAAACUUAUUCUACGGAUUUAAAUAUUAAAUUCAUAUUUGUAUAUGUUUGUAGGAAAAAUUAACAUCUGUUCUGUUUUUACAUAAAUGAGUUAAAUACUUUCGUUCAAACAAAAAACUAUCUGUUAAGUGCGAUAACACGAGGACAAAUUUGUGUUGUCAGCGCAUGAAUAUCUGAAGACAUUAAUUGAACAAAUUGACAAUGGAUUGGGACAUUUCAAGGCACAGAAAACGGGAAUAGACACACAUAGCUGAGUCGAUACAACACGUCAAUUAUUUUGUUUGUGCUAUACGGGCAUUGUAAGAUGGAGGUCGAAAAUAGGGAAAUGGAGGUGUUGAUUGAGAGUAGAAUUAUAACUGCGUUGGAAGCGAAAGACGAGCUAUUACUGAAGAACAUCGGCAGUAUAAUGUCAAAAAAGCUUACAAUAAUGACAAAAAUCGCUAUUGAUUCGGGGAAAUAUCUACUGGGAUUCCCAACCUGCUUUCGUUCCUGCUUGUGACAAUUUCAAAAAAGGUAGGAUAAGUUAGGUUUACCACCCACACAGGAUAGACUUACGCCGAAAAAAGACUUUUUUAACUUUAAGAUAAUUUUACAGAUGUAAAUAACUUGGAAAAAAACUUUCAGUGAAAUGAAAAAGCUGUGUAAUACUUAUAUCAUAGAAUGAACUUUUUUAUUACGUUGGUUCAUUAGUUGUGUAAAAAAACAACUAUGGCUACUUCAUUGUAUAGCCCAAAACUAUCGGGAUCAAAAUUCAAGAAUUGGAUUAAGGCUGGAUUAGGUGUUCUAUUUACCAAAGAAGGUAUUGAGCCUUUUGUAUAUGAUGAAAUAGAACAGUUCCAGCAGAAAUGUUUGAGCGACAUUUGCAUCAACAAUGGACUUCCUGCUGGUACCAUUUGUUCCAGUUGUUGUACAGAAAAUGUUAUUGUUUGUCCUACGAAUAGAAUUUGUAAUGGAGGACGUGGGAAAUGCAAAUACCAUAGAAAUUCUGCAACGCAAUAUCUCCCAUCUGGCUGCCCUAACAAGAUAUGUCAUAACAUCAAAAAUGAAAUCCAGAAUGCUCAUCGAUUCCACGGUCCAUCCUUUAAAAACACUGAUGCUACCCAGUGGUGCAGCAAUCCGUGGGAAGUUGCUAAAUGUUUUAUGCCACCUGACGGUUACAAGGAUGUGACGAGUGCAGCAGAGACCGAUUUCAAUGGUAUCAUCAGUGUAAUUAUCAACUAUAAAGCAUUUCAGGCGCAUGUUAAAGACGACCUUUCCAAGAAAUCCAACAUUUUUGAACAGGGCAGAGAGGUAGGCAAAGCAGUUCGACAUUGCCCGCAGUUAGAGAUGGAAGAUACAGAACUAAAACAGCAUUUUACUGACUUACAAAAUCUGCUGUCAGAUCCUGCAUAUUUGUCUGCUAAUACAGCUGCGCAGAAUGCUAAAACGAAGUUAUUACAGCUUCAAAACGAUAUUUUGGUCAUUGGUAAAGAUGAUAUCGGGAACAUGCUGGAUGAUGUUGCCAAGGCAGUUCAAGACAAAAUCUUGACUGAAACAGACGAAGACAAGAAGGAAGCCGAAAAGACAAAAUUAGAACUAAUCAAUAUUACAAACAAGUCUGUUGAGGCUAUUGACAGUCAAGGAAAAUUAUCAGUUGCUCAACUAGACAAAGCAUUAAAAUCUGCAUUUGAUGAAUUAGAAAAGCAAACAAAGGAAUCGCUCAAUAAAGUACAAUCAGAAGCUGAUAUUGCUAGGAAACAGAUAAAAGAGUCUGCUGAAAAAGGGGUAAGCAAGUUGGAAGUAGAAGCCGAAGCUGGAGUUAAACAGAUAGAAGAUUCUACUGAUAAAGGGGUUAAGAAGUUGGAAGUCGAAGCCGAAGCUGGAGUGACAAAGAUUUCUGCAAAAGCGGAUGAAGCAUUAAAGCGGAUAGAGGAAUCAACAACAGCGAACAAAGAAGAUAAAUAUAACAAGUUAAGAGAAGAUAUGAAGGAAGACCUGAUCAAGUUCUACAGAAAAUACUACUCUAAUAUUCCGGUUUCCUCUCUCGUAGAAGAACAAGAUGUUCCACUGACAGACUUUUAUGUGCAGUCACCACUUACUUCCAUCGACAUACAACGGAAGUUUAGACAGUGUAAGCAAUUUCCUAAAAGGGCGCCAAUACAUUCAUACCGUGACAUGUUUCUCCGUGGAGAUGGUGAAUUGUACAAAGACAUUUACAUCACAGCAAAUGCCGGAGUUGGAAAAACAUCUUUUGCAAAACAAAUCUGCAUGACAUGGUGCCAAGCCCAUAGACCCACUGAAACGUCUGAGCAGACAUUUAAGUCAGAAGAUAUAAAUUCCAUGAAAACCUUUGAGUUCUUAUUUAUGGUUCCAUUACGAGAUGUAGAUACCUCUAUAUGCGAUCUAGAUAGCAUGAUUGAAAGCAACAUUCUUCACUAUCUAGCAAGGUAUUCUCGGUUUUCUCGACUUGACUUAGAGGAUAUUUUAAAUGAGAGAACAUGUUUAGUUCUUCUAGACGGUCUAGACGAAUGGACCCACCCUACAAGCUGUGUCAGAGGUCGCCGUGAUGUUCAUGCACCACCCCACAUACCUGCAAGGGACCGAUGCACAGUCCUGACGACAACACGACCCUGGAAACUUGAUGUUAUAAAAUUGGGUUCCAAUCAAAUCGACAGACACGUAGAAAUUAAUGAGCUGGAUGAAGCAUCAUCGAAAGAGCUUACACGUAAAGCUAUCACAGUAUUAAACAGACAAAGCUUACCAGACCAGCCAAAGACCGCUGAAGAGUUCGAAAGAGCAACGUCGACUCUGAAGCUCGAUAACUUGCGAUAUAUCCCUUACAUCUUGUUGCAAAUGAUUUGCCUGUGGUUUGACGGAAAGUCAAUAGGAAGAACGAAGUGCGAAAUAUAUACUAAUAUAAUAACACUAACACUAUCUCGGGGCUUACUCAAGGUAGAAAAUAAAGGUUUGCCACCAAUGAGAGGACAAAACAUAGAAGCCACUUAUGAAAUCCCACCUUGCCUAAAGUCGAAUGACAUUUGUAAAUCGCAUUACGAGGUGUUUAUUGGUCUUGCGUUACUGGCAUUUAAAAAGCUUUUUAGUUCGAAAGCAGAAAGUAAUCUUGUAUUUGAUAGGUCUGAAGUGCUUCAAGUUAUAUCUGAGGACAUCCUCAGAUUUUGUUUAGAAAUAGGAUUUUUGUCACAGAAUAAGGACUAUGGUUUAGUCUCAGGAAGACGUAGUAUCCUUUCAUUUCAACAUAAAUCCGUCCAAGAGUAUUUUGCUGCCCUUUAUAUAUCAUCGCACAAUCAAGAGAUAAAAGAUGACAUUUACAAAGUAUGUAAUACAUUGCCAGCUAUACUCGAGAUGUCUAAUGUUUUUAUAUUUCUUGCCGGAUUUAGCCCUGCUGCCGUUGGGAAGAUUUCACAGAUUAUCAGGGAAACUUUUUCUCGUGAUGAGAAAAUUGAGUAUUUCCGGAACAGCAUCAUAAAUAGCAAAAGUUAUGUGCCGAAAUCGGUUCAAUGCUGGGAAAUAAUGAAAUCGUGGCAGCGCAUGCUGACAGAUUCGGUUCAAGAAAUAAGUAACAGUGGUCAAAAUAAUGCUUACUUAUAUAUCGAAGAUUUACUUAUAGAUAGCACAAUAUCAAUAGAAACAUGUGGCGUACUUAAACUGUUAACAGAGGACAAUGCUGAAAAGAUUAAAUCAAUUAGUAUAUCAGAAUGUCGAACAACAGAGGAGUUCACAGACAAAUUUGAAACUCUUCGUCUGCAAGAUAUGCUUUCGUUACACAAAUUAAUCAUCCAGGCUCUUCCUAAAGCAACAGAUCUGCAUAGGUUGCUUUCCGGAUCCGUACAAACAUUAACAGUCUUGAUUCUAGAAUUCAUAAUUUUUGAGAACAGGUUAUUGAACAGAGAAAUCAUGGAAAUUCCCUCUGAAACAGUAAUCAUUCUGUCCAGCAUGACUAACAUGCAAAUGAUAUAUCUGAGGAAUAUUCGUCUGAGGCAUGGUGAUAUUGAACGUUUAUAUCAUUACCUGAUGACAAGAACAACAAUGACAUUAAUCAAUCUGGCUCACAUGAUUUGUAUAGAGCAUGAUGGUCAAUGUAAUGCUUUCUGCCUCGACCUAUCUCAGCAUAAGGAACUUGAGGAUCUUGGGUUAGAUACCGUUCCUCUGUCAGAGCUGAAUGUUGAUGUAUCCUCAGUGAAGCUCUGUGCAAUAGGACGCUUACAACCUGAUGUGCAAUCUUCCUUAGUUAAAUGUCUGCCUGAAGCAAUAAAUCUUCGUAUAGUGUCUUUCCAUAGUUUUCAGCCUGAACAGUCAGAGAUUAUUAUAGAUACAUUACCAAAAAUUGCCAAAACUGGAACGUAUUACUAUCCAGUUUUCAAAUCUUGGGGACACAGCACUUAUUCUACCGACUUCUAUGAUAAAUUUAGAAAUUGUUCACCUCUACAACGCAGUUCUGACGAGUACUUCAUUAAGAAGACUCAUUGAAAGUGUAGACGUUCUGCCAAAACAAGUUUUGAUCAAUAUGUUGUCGUGUACCGUGAUUCCUGGAAAAGAUUUUAGACAAGUGAAGGAAGAGAUAAGAUCAUCUCCAAAGUAUCAAGUCAUGUUUGAUGGUUUAAACAGGGGCGGUGAGGACAUGUUUCAGUUUCAAACAUGGAAUGAAUAAAAGCAUCUCAAGCGUCAAGUCACGUUUGUUUAGUUAAACAAUGCAAGACAAUUCGCUUUUCUUUCAAAAAAAAAAAAAAAAAAUGCGUCAAACUGAUAAAGUGAUGGUAUCAUUACACUGUGUGAUAAAUAAAUAUUAAUUCAAAUUUGAAAAAGUCAGGUUAUUAAAGUGGAAUGAGCUGGACUUGACCUGUUUUCAGUACAAGCAUGUAAUUUAACUAAAUAUUUUUUCCCUGAUAAUAUUGAGAGAUAGCAUAUGAUUGUACAUGUAUUAAAUUGUCAAGGUAAUCAGCUUUAAUAUUUGUCAAUGACUAAAUUCAAUACUCAAAUGUUGC